AUGUCGCUGCAGCUCACCUAUCAGGACGUUGCUGAGCACAACACCAAGAACGAUCUCUACGUCGUCAUUCACGACAAGAUCUACGAUAUCACCAAGUUUGUGGACGAGCACCCCGGUGGUGAGGAGGUUCUGCUCGACGUGGCUGGUCAGGAUGCCACCGAGGCCUUCGAGGACGUCGGCCACAGCGACGAGGCCCGUGAGACCCUGGAGAAGCUCCUGGUCGGCACUCUGAAGCGCAACCCCGGCGACCCCAAGCCCAAGUCCCCCAAGCCCGGUGCCGUUGCCCCUGCUGCCAACAACGCGACCGCCGGCAUUGGCGUCGGUCUCUAUGCCGUUAUGCUCAUCGGAGGUCUGAUUGCCUACUUCGCCUACAACUACCUCCAGCAGCAACAAGCUGCCCAGAGCGCUUAA